UCCAAAUGUUUUCCAUAUUAGUUCAGAGCCUUCUCUGUUUCCAAAUAGCAACCGAGCUGGGCUUAUGGUGAGAGGAGGCCUCAGCAGGGAGGGGAAGGGCAGGGGAGAGAGGCAGACAGCAGACAGGCUCGUCCACCCCAAACAGUAAAAGUCGAGAGGACAGAGAGGGGAAAGAGUGUGAAGACAGGAGGAGAAAUGGGGCAGGGGCAGAAAGGUUCCUCAGACAAGAAGGAGGGCAAGAAGAAGCGAGAUGAAAGCCCAACGUCGGAGGACGGCAAAAAGUGCAGAGCCUGUCGCUUCCCUCUGCUCGUCGCCCUGCUCCAGCUGCUGUUGGGGGUGGCCGUCACAGCCGUGGCCUUCCUUAUGUUGGCCAUCAGCCCCUCACUCCUGGCCAGGGAGACGCCACACUGGGCUGGAAUCAUUCUGUGUUUAGUUUCCAUCCUGGGCUUCAUCCUGUACUGUGUCACCUACGUCCCUGAUGAGAGGACGUCUACGCAAUUCAUUGUCAAGCUCCUCUACUUUGUCCUGUGCAUGAUCGGCCUGGUCAUUUCAGUGCUGGUUAUGGCGUUCGCCGGACACCACCACUCACAGACUAGUAACUUCAGCUGUAAGCAGGUUGGAGAGGACUGCGUGUGCAUGUUGGAUGAAAAAGACCCAAUAGCCCGCACCUUCACCUACAAGGGAGUCAGUGACUGCGAGGUGAUCACCGGGACGCUCACGCUCUACUUCUUGAUCCAAAUCUUGCUGAACCUGGCCCAAGCUCUCGUCUGCGCCGUCGGUGUCUUCAUCAUGUGGAAGCACCGUUACCAGACCUUCUUCGCUGGCCUUCAGAUUGGCUCCCCCUCCACCCAGCACUGGCAGAAGGUUUAAUGUGAUGAAGAUAGAGUUGAUGGGAUGACUCAGAUCACACAGGUCAGGAAGGAGGGCACUGCCAACUGUGUGAUUAUGCUCUGUAGGAUGGAGACAUUUGCCUUUGUGGUGUGUGCCAAAGUGUGUUUUCUUUAACGACAGUUUAUAUUAAUCUUUUGUGGUAGUUGUACUUUAAUGGCUUUUUGCACAAUUUUGUAUACCAUAUAAGCAACUUUGUACGUACUGAUUUUAUAAGAAAAAAAUAAUCACAUAGAUGAAAAGCAGCAAAACAACUAGUCUAUUUUUGACAAACUAAAUCAAUUAUUUGUUUUCCACGAUAAUGAAUUCUUCUUCACAUUGUUUCUAAUUAUCUUGACAUUUGCUCUUGUGACAAACAGCUCAUAUAUAAUUGCAGCACGAGACAAAUUAUGAGCACAUAAUUGUUUUGCACUUAACUCCCAAAAUGUGUUGUAAAAUGUGCUUUGGUUUGAGUUACAGAGAUUUUAUGAUCAUCUUUAGUUGCUGCAGUGAUGUUCUAGGUGAAAUACUGAAUCACUGUGUUCUCAAACUGUGGUUUGCAAAUGUAAAAUGAUACUGCCUCAAGCUUUGAAAACAGUAUUCACACAGUAAAAAAGGUAAAAUACUGACUAAACAUGGCAGCAAAUAUUACUAAGACAUAAUUUUUUUUAUCCCAAUUCAUUGAAAAAAAUAAUGAAUUCUUCAUUAGCUUAUUGCUUUACACUAAAAAGUUGCAUAAUAUUGAAGUUUUAAAGUAAUUUUCAUGUUGUUUGUCACACAGAAAAGCAAUUAGGUGGAUUCAUUCCACAAAUAGCCAGUUUUGAUUAAUUUGCUAUUUUAAAAGCUUGUGCAGCUCUGUAAAUAUUGCACAACAUCCUUGUUAAAAAUAAAAAAUUAAAAAAGUAUUUUUCAGCUGAUAAACCCUGUAAAACUUCAGUCAGUCCAAUUAUAUGCAGUAAGAACUGAUCCUGACAGCAGUAACACAACCUGGAAAGACUACACUUCAUGAGACUGGAUCCAGACUGAACUGGGCUGUGGCUUGCGAAGGUGGAUGCCAGGCCAGUAGCCAGCAUGACUCAAACAGCCUGUAGGAGUCAAACAACUGCAGCCACAAAGGGAGGGGAAGAAGAAGGGGAAGCGCCGGGGUGAGGAAAGGGGGGACUCAGACAGGCAGCUGGACUGAAGUAUCCAAAUCAUCUCAGUGUGUUUACAGCUUUUCAGUUGUUUUCCUUCAGGUGGGGCAGCGCAAAAGGGAUGAAAGAACCACAAAAUUUCAGGCUUGUGUCUUUAAAGUGCUCAGCCUUAAGCGGAGUUCAGCCUUAUUUUUAUUGUUACUUUCAUCUCAGGUGUUGAGAACCAUCACCUACAGUCUAUACAUGCUGAGCAGGGAAUGGUGAAGGUGAGGUGGUUUCUGUUCCAUAUUAGAUGAAAUGUACCCAGAGGGAGAGUGUAAUUAGUGUGCAGUGUCACAUCUAUCUUGUCAGUGAUGAAAAGGGGUGAUUGACUGGGGAUGAUAUAAAAUAUUAUUUAUUUCUCACAGAAGCCUUAAGUGUGGUGUUUGAGAAAGAAGCUUUUUACCUGGAUUAAAAAAAGAUGCCAUGAUGUGCAUUUCAAGACUGUCAAACUGUUUCUGGUCACAAAUACAAAUCUUUGUUUCA